GUCACGGUCUGGAUUAGGGCUGCGUCUAGCAACUACUUUCAUUAUAUCUGCCGGUUCUUUUCACAUUGCGAUUUCUCAGAGCCUGAGGUGACGUCUUCACGUGUCUUGUUUUGUCUGACCGACAGUCAAACAGUCAAAGAUUAGUUUACUAUGAUGUAAAACAGAGAAAAACAGUAAAUCAUCACAAUGGAACUGGUGAAUAUUUGGCUUUUUUGCUCAGGAAAAAUGAUUGAAACGUUUCAUCGAUCAUCAGAUAAUUUGCCGAUGAACUUCCUUUCGAUCGAUUAAGUGACUAAUCCUUACUGGCUGCGCGAUAGAAGUACAGACGUGUUUUAAUCUGAACGUCGAGGCCGGCUGCGUUUCUCCCGCAGGACGCUCCAACCCGUCUCUGCGCUGCGUCCUGAUGGCUCUGAACCGGACGCCCCAGCAGGACUCCAGUCAGCUGCCCAGCUGCUCCUGCUCUCCGGUGCAGACGUUCAGCGCCGGCUCGUCCUGUAAACUGCUCACCAAGAACUCCGUCUUCACGAGUCCGGACGGAGGGGGGACGCUUGUCUGUGCCGGGGACGAGGCCUCCAACUCUACCAUGGUGUGGGACGCCGGCAGCGGCUCUCUGCUCCAGAAGCUUCCGGCCGACCUCCCGGUGCUGGACAUCAGUCCGUUCGCCGUGAACGGGGAGCACUUUCUGGCCUCGCUGACGGAGAAGAUGCUGAAGCUCUACAGGUGGGAGUGAACCGGGACCACUCUGUCCUUGACCCAGUCCCACAGCACAAGGAGAGGAUGCAGACUGUGUUGGAAAUCAAAUGCUGCUAAACUUUUAUCUGUAUGUUUACACACAAAGGAGUCUGAUUAGGGAGUGAUGGACCUGUGGAAGCAUUUCAGUUCUUCAUUAUCACUUUUAGUUUCUUUGUUUUUCGACCAGACAUCCACGUUACUGCAGCUGGUGACCUUUGACCUGCACAGAGAGCCAAACCAGGCCUCUGUCAGGUGUGCAUUCAUUAGACACGUUGAGUUUCUGCUGCACCGUCCUCCCACACAAAGCCCUGAGAGCCUUCUACGUUUCCGGUCGGUCUGUCCUCUGAGGUCCCAGUGUUCACAUCAUCCUCUGGGCCGCACCGCUGGAACUGAUGAAGGUGUGAGCGGGUGUUUCAGUCUGAUUGAAGUGGUGUUUGGUGAAGGAAGAGGGUGUCAGCCCUGCAGUUAGAGGACCGACAUACCGGUGUGUUUUGCAAGUCGUCGCUCUUGAACUGUAAAUCAUGUGUAAGUGACAUAGUUGCUGACAUUUUCAGGCUGUACAGUAAAAUGUUAUAAUUUUCUUAAAUGUCCAGCCGCUGGUCUCCAUUUCUGUAUGGUAUGAAAAUGAAUCGACAGACUCGUUGAACCUGUCCGAGUUAUCUGAUCCAUCGCAGUCAACGUCAGCUCUAUUUUCAUUAUCAGUCAAUCUGCUGAUUAGCUUCUCGGUUCAUUCAUUAACAGUUUCCAAGUACCCAAGGUGAUGUCCUCACACAUUUGAUUUGUCUGACCGACGGUCCGGAACCACAAGACGUUCAGUUAUAAUUGCAAAUGACAAAACCUGAGCAAAUUUUCACAUUUUAGGAGCCAAAAAAACUCGUUUCAUCCCCAAACAAGUCCAAGUAGAUUUUUUUAAUGGCUACAUCAUUGUUUGUUCAUUUGAAAGGUAACAGGAAAUGACAGAGAUGUGUUCGAGGGAGUUCAGUAACAGUGUCUCCGUCACGUAGUUUGUCCACCGGAGAGCAGAGAAGUUAACUGUUAGUUUUCCCAACGUAAAAUGGGCCACAACAUCGUCACAAGUCAGUUUAAUAGCUUUAAGAGAGCUUUCUCAAAAAGAUUGGUUUAUAUUCACGGCCGUAAUGUAACCUCACAACGUGAUGUUCCCUGACGUAGAAAACGCAAAUCGAGCAAGAUGCAAGAGUCUGGUGAUCAGUGUUUCUAUCAUACAGAAUUGAGGAGAAGCUGCCUGGAGAGCAAACACAUCCAGGUUCCAGGCAGCCGGUGGUGUCAGGUCAUUUGCAUGAAAUGCCUAAAAACAUUUGACAGCAGGGUGCAGAGCAGAGACUUGUUUGAUGGGAAGAAAAUGAAAAAGCUUCACUGAUUGAAUGACACAGUGCAGCGCCUCUCUGCAGCCGCGUAACUGUAACUGAACUCUCAAACGUCCGAGGAUCCUUGAAUCCACCGUGACUGAGAAGUUAGAAAAUGAUCUGGUUGCAGCAACGUCACCGCUGAGUCUGAGCACGUUUCAUGGAAAAUUGAUCUAAGAACUGAUAGUAUGAGUUGGAAAAUACCCGAAUGAACUGUAAAGGUUCCAUCUUCGUAGACACUGGGCUAAAACAUGCAAAACCACUGGUGGGGUCCUUUACAAUCAUUUGUCCCGGUCUGACCGAAAAUACCAGAUUUCAGGUUUUUCCUCCAGAAUGAGCUCAGCCGUGAGACUGCACGAGGAAAAGACGUUCAUAUUCAAAACUGCCAAAACUGACGCUCAGGUUGGACUGAGGUGUGCGGGUUUCCUGUUGCGAUCCGAAGCUGUGAAAGCGAGCGGUGCCCGUUGCCCCCAGGUCCUCAAGAACCGGUUUUAAAAAUCAGCUAAAAAGACUUUUUAAACUCUGAUCUCGGAUUGAUCCCGGCUGAGUCGAAGUAAAGCAGGACUUCGCCUUCUAACGCUCAAACAUCCGACUCAGAACAACCUCGGCGACCACACGUUUUCAAUUGUUGACGAAAACACAGGCAAAAGAGCAGACGCCCCAACUUGUUGUGUCCCUCCCUCCCUCGAGCGUGUUGGAUAUGGUUCUGGUUUGAACAGAAAGAGGCUCCUCACACAGGCCAUCACCGCGGCUCAUUUACUUCAUCCUCUGUCUGAUUUCAGUCGUUUCUUUUAGUUUCACUCCGCUCUGAACCGGAACAUCAAGUGCCAAAGGACGUGUGACUUUUCUUGUUUUCCUUUCUAAAGAAAGUUGUAUAUAUGUAUAUUUGUUACCAUCUGUUUGAAUACGACUUCAGAGUUAAUAAAGAUUACGAGAUAUUUUUAA